ACAACUCAUACAACCCAUCGCUCUCUCUAUAAAUGCAACUCAUCUCUCUCAAAUAUAAAACCUCCAAAACUACUCACCAAACCCCUCCAAAAACUCUAGAGAGAGAGAGAAAAACCUCGAGAGAGAGAGAGAACAAGGAAGCGGGGAUUUGAAUCGACUGACUGACUAUGUUCCAAGACAACCGGUGGAUGAUCGGAAAUCCGGCGCCGAACAACUCGGCGUCGUGGACUCGGUUCGAGGACAAGCUGUUCGAGCAGGCUUUGGUGAUGUUCCCGGACGAAAUGCCCGACCGGUGGCAGAGGAUCGCCGAUCGAGUUCCGGGGAAGGCGCUGGAGGAGGUGAUGGCGCACUACGACUCGCUGGUUCACGACGUGCACGAGAUCGACUCCGGCCGGGUCGAGUUGCCGAGUUAUUCUGAUGAGUCGUUCGGUUGGGAGUCGGACUCGAGAGGCAGUCAGAUCUCGUUUGGGUCCGGGAAGAAGCACGGUGAGAUGGAGAGGAAGAAGGGGACUCCAUGGACAGAAGAAGAACACAAGCUAUUUCUUGUUGGACUUGAUAAAUAUGGGAAGGGUGACUGGAGGAGCAUUUCGAGAAAUGUGGUAAUAACAAGAACGCCGACUCAAGUGGCUAGCCAUGCCCAGAAGUACUACCUCCGGCAGAACUCGGCAAAGAAAGAGAGGAAGAGAUCGAGCAUCCACGACAUCACCACCACUGUGGAUAGCAAGCCGGUGGCUCCACCGGGCCAUUUCCCUGAUCAAGGAGCUCCAAUGGGGUAUCAGAACUUUAACUAUCCGAUGUGAAAAAAAAUAUGAAGACGACAAAAGUAAAAGUGACAUACACUCUGUAUAUGAAAUAGUUACCUGCAAUUAACAGUCCAAUUUGUAAAGUUCUAUUCUUUCUUAGCUGAUAGUUGUUUAGAGGAUUAGCGAGUCAUAGCACAGGGUUUGGUUUUUUGGUCCUUUUAUGAACCAGAGGAAUGUUUAGGAGGAGGGUACAGUUGGGUCAUGUAUGGAUAUUUUAGGUGUUAAAACACAGAUAUCAAAUGAAAUUGUUGCUCAUGUUUUGAUCAUAGAACUGUCUGGUGCUGAAUUCCUUAUUGACUCUUCUUUUGUUAUAUUUAUGCUUCCAUUUAGUCUACAAUGUAAUGUUAUAUGGUGGUAUUCUCAUUC